UGACUUUCGAAUCACAAAAUUUAUUUUCGAUAGAAUAAUUAAAUGCUAAUCUUGAAACUUCUUGAAAGUAAGACGAGGAAAUGGAUAAAUCAAACGACUAUCGCUCUCAAUGAGCUAUUUAUUUUAAUUGUAGACUUUAUAUUGCUCUCACGAGUUCCAUUUCGCGACGGUUUUAAAUUAAUGAUAUCGGUCAUGUGCCUAUUCUCCUCCUUAAAAUAAGCCUAAUUAAUAAUAGGUCCGAGACAAUCUCUUGCGACAUGCAUAAAGUUGCAAUAGCGGCUGAGGGAAAGUUGAGGGAAGGACUGCGUCUCGAAGAGUAUUGAAUUAAACCCACGUCUACCAAAGUAGGAAGUAGGUCCAUCCAAAGGCAAACAGUUGGCAACUUCUUGACAUAUUCUAUUUAUAUCGUCUCUGGUGGAGAAGACCAUGGACUCUGAGCAUGCCAAAAUUCACGCCUUCUCCUCGGUCAUCGUCGCCAUCAUCGUCGCCGUUGGGGUAAUCAUCGCCGCCGUCAUCGUAGCUGAUGGAGAAUACGGGAGAGGCCCGAUCCCGUGCAUGACCACCAACGGAGGGGGAGCCUUAAAGGCUAUGCCAAGUAGUGUGACCAUGGAUAUCAUGAUCAUACACGAUGAGACGGAGAUUGGCAUGCAGAGGGCACGAUACGACUACGACAAGAACACGAUCUUGGUCGAAACUCCGGCGAUCACGGAUGGAUUCAGCAAUGCUACCAUUGCCAUGGACUACGACAGGUCGGUUGUGGUUAUCAAGCUACUUGAUGAAGAUGACUUUUGCUAUGUAUCUGCCUUGAGUGGAGACAUGAUGGACAUGGCAGAUAGAUCCACGAAGUUUAUGGAAAUGGGACAUACGGGACAUGAACAGGCGAUCGACGUGAAUACCGCUGACGAUGUAGAAAUGAGCUAUCAGACCGCUGGGCUAAUUCCCGCUGGUUACGUCACCAACGCCAACGGACCAAUCAUACGCGCUCUCUGCGCCGGAGACGAAUCCUAUUGGUCGAAACCGAGAAUGUCGUCAAGCAGAACGAGACGUCGUUCUGGCAGGGCUUCCGCUCGUUUUUGUAUUUUCGGAUUCUGCUUCAAUAUUAAUUUCUAAUCACUUUAUCUUGAUUUGCAUUCUGACUAUACUUAGUGCCAGA